GAUCCGAGUCAUAUCACUAGUAAGCUGAAAUGGCUGAAGACAGCAUUAGGAGGAAGAAGGAGUCAAAGAAUGGUUCCACCAGCUGCAGAAUGGACUCUCAGACUGAAGACAAGCCUUCGAAGGCCACUGUGCUCCAAAGAGAUGUUGGUCUGCUGAGUGGCAUCUGUCUGAUUGUUGGGACUAUGAUUGGCUCAGGCAUCUUCAUCUCUCCAAAGGCUGUUCUGCUCUACUCUGGAGCUGUGGGACCCUGCCUGCUUGUCUGGACUGCCUGUGGUGUGCUGGCCACUCUGGGAGCACUGUGCUAUACUGAGCUUGGCACCAUGAUCACAAAAUCUGGGGGAGAGUAUUCUUAUUUAAUGGAGGCAUUUGGGCCCAUUGUAGCCUACCUUUACUCCUGGACCACUGUCAUGGUGUUGAAGCCCUCCUCCUUCGCCAUCAUCACACUGAGCUUUGCAGAAUAUGCCGCCACACCUUUCUAUCCUGGCUGCACUCCUCCUUUUUUUGUUACCAAGUGUCUGGCGGCAGCAGCUAUAUUUUCAAUCGUCACCAUCAACUGUCUGAGCGUCAAACUGGCGAACUACGUGCAGAACAUUUUCACUGCGGCCAAACUUUUCAUCAUUGUCAUCAUAGUGGGAGCUGGCAUUGUUCUGUUGGCGCAAGGAAAGACUGAUAAUUUGUCAAAUGCAUUUGAUGGCCCAUCAACGUCCUUUGGAGCAAUUGGACUUGCGUUCUAUAAUGGACUUUGGGCUUAUGACGGAUGGAAUCAGCUGAAUUUCAUCACAGAGGAGCUGAAAGACCCAUUUAGGAACUUGCCAUUGGCCAUCAUUAUUGGCAUCCCUUUGGUUUCUGUGUGCUAUGUGUUGGUCAACAUUGCUUACUUCACAGUUAUGACCAGCACUGAACUGCUGUUGUCUCCAGCUGUUGCCGUGACUUUUGGAGACAGAGUCCUUUAUCCUGUGUCUUGGAUCAUUCCUCUCUUUGUUGUCUUCUCCACGCUUGGUACUGCCAAUGGAAGUUGCUUCACUGCUGGCAGACUGGCCUACGUGUCUGGUAGAGAGGGUCACAUGGUGAAAAUCUUAUCCUUUAUUAGUCUGAAGCGUUACACCCCAUCCCCUGCACUCAUGUUCAAUGGUUUUUUGGCUAUUUUCUACAGUAUCCCAGCCGACAUAAACACCCUCAUUAAUUACUUCAGCUUUGCUCAGUGGGCGUUUUAUGGUCUGGCAGCGCUGGCUCUCAUUGUCAUGCGUUUCACAAGGAAGGAGCUCCACAGACCAGUGAAGGUGCCAAUUGUCAUACCAGGCCUAAUGGUCGUGAUAUCCUGCUACUUAGUCCUGGCUCCCAUCAUUGAUAAGCCAGAGCUGGAGUACCUCUACUGUGCUAUCUUCAUCUUCAGUGGACUUCUCCUCUACUACCCGUUUGUUCACCUCAAGGUCAAGUGGGCACGCAGAAUCAUGAGGCCCAUCACCAUCUAUCUUCAGCUGCUGAUGGAAGUAGUUCCUCCUGAGAAAACUGAAUGAGGAGGGACAGUACUUACAGCCAGGUCAGCGUCUGCUGCCUGUCAUCAAGCAUGUCAUGCCUGGUUUUGGAAAGAAUGAACUGGAAAUUUUGAAUCUGGGGUCAAAAACUGGAGCUCGCUUGUAUUGAAUAACUGCAUGACAGAAGUCAAAGUGAAUGUACUGUGUACCAGGGUAGGAUAAAAUUGUUUGUGUUCAAGGGCUCAAAAAAGGAUUUGUGUGUCUAGACUGUGUCUCACAAGCAUAUCUCCCAUCUACAUAUAUAUUUUGUAUACACUUAGAUAUUUAAAAUAAGUAUGUAGUCAAUCAUGUAGUCAGUGUGCAAUGAUUUUAUUGGGCCCAUGAUCACUAAUGUAAAGCUGCUAGAAUAUUUAGAUAUAGAUUUAGAUGCAUACAUCUCCACUUGAGCAAAGGAAAAUGGUAAACAAUGAUGUUUAUACAUUAUUUACUAAUGCUCUCACUUGUGUCUUUUAUGCUGGAAUAUGCUGGAAGCUGCAUUGUGUUGUUUAUUGCAGUGGAUGUGGGAAAUAAACAAUUUAUGAU